UUUUAGCUGUCAGAUCGCUGCCAUUUUCGCUGCGUAUUUUUGUCAUUUGAUUUUGUGUGUGAAAAAAAUUGCAAAAUUCACCCAUAAAUCCCCCAAAUUGGCUAUUUAUUUGUUAAGUGUGGUGUCCCUUGGCAUCUUAAGAUUAGCCCUGGUGCAUGAGUUAGUGGAAAAAAUUGCAGAUUGCGUGGAAAAUCGUGUUGGCGUCUUGUAGCGGUGAUUGUGUAACUGUGGUAGUGAAACCCCGUUUUCCAUCAGUGAACUCCCGUGAAAAAUCUCACCCAGCACUUUUCCUGCUUGGAAUAUGCGUAGCUGAUUAUCAAUAAACAUCGCCCAAUUCAUCACCCUUUGAUUGUCAGUGCAAAAAUUCGACCUCUGUCAAUGACAAAGCCGUAAUUUUGGGAGGUUUUUCUGUGGCGGAUGGGGCACAAAGAUUAAUUGGCAGCUGUCAAAAAAAUCACACUGCAAAAGCCUUCUUGACACUCCAUCGCAGAUUUCUGCAAAUACCCCAAGAUUUUCCAGGGAUAGACUGCCCUUUGUCGUGGAGUAGGAACUGCAGGGGUAUCUGUAGGGGUUAAGGAAGGGAUUUACUGGAGAUUUUGGGCGGGAAGGUUGGCAGAAUCCGGGAGAUUGUUGUGUCAGUGAGACUCCGCCCCAGACCGAGAAGCAAAUCAACAAGAAUGAGUUGCUAGCUGCGAUUCCUCGCAAAAAGGCAGAAAGAGACUCGAGAGAACUCCCUCCCCAGAGACUUGUCAGCUUCCUCUCGCCAACGCAGCGGAAAAGCUAAGAGUGGUCAUGUCAUGUCAGCAAGCUGCAGAACUUCCCGAUGAUCCGUACACUUUCACGGAACCACCAGCAACAACCAUCUUCACAACUCCGCUUGCGGGAAAAUUCAGUAAAUUGGCUUCAAUCAAGCAUCAGCAGCAACAAAUUCGCGCAAAUGGCACAAGUGUUAGCUACAUGAAUGGCGUCAAUCACAGCACCAACAGCCACGUCCAGAAGUUGCCUGUGUCCACGGUGUAUGGCAAGGCGGCGGGUGGCUUUUCUGUCGUCAAUCCGGCCAAGAAGGUGACAACGAAAAAAUUUCCACCGCCAGCCAAUGUGGGUGUUGCUCCAGCAGCAUCAUCGACAACGACGACGGUUCUGGUGAAGACGCGUCCUCUACAGCCAAUUAAUCAUUCCACUGCCGGUGCCAAGGCUCAGUCGUCACUGCCAGCACCGGGACGCACCUUUCAGUCACUCUUUCAGCAAGAAGUGCUGAGUUCCAUUCGCAAGAAGGGUUCUCCGCAUCGUGAUGAGGCUGCAGGCGGCAGUGGUACUGCCACAGCAGCCACUGCCACUGCAAAUACAUUCAGGGAGCCAAAGGCCACCAAUUUUCCCGCCACGAAGAAAGCCACCGUGAAGCAGCAAACGGCGUCCGCGCGCCUCAAACGCAGCUUCAGCCAAUCGGCCCACCAUGAGGCUCUCCAGAGGAUACCUCCCACUGCUAAGGCUGCCACUGAAAUAAAGCCAUUGGAAGUUGUGAAUGGGACUCCGUGGCAUGCUCCAGACUCAUUUAUCUUUGACUACGAUACUCCGGGUGGAUGUCCGGAUCCCUCUCGAGUGGACCAGGAGCUGACGCUGUGCGCUCAGAAGCAUUGGUUUGUGGAAUUUCUGCCUCCGACGAUGGCUCUGAUGACGCGGGAGCAGCAGCUGGAGCAGAAGGCUGGACACCUGCGGCGGAAGGCUAUUCAGUAUGCAAGAGCUCUGGAGCAGAGGAGUCUCAGUGUGGCCAAGAAGAGGCUGAUGUAUGUUUCACAGGCAUUGGAAAAGUCCUGCGGCAAUCAGACCGAUGCAAGGGAGACGCGAAAGAAAUGCUGCUUGGCGAAUUGCGAGAAUGAUUCUCUGGCCCUCACAGCGUAUUGCUAUCUGCACAUCACGCAGAACACGGAGCAGAAACUCUUCUAUCCGUGCACUGCUAAAUUUGCAGAUAAUUCCCAAUGCCGCGUUCCCGUCUUCGACAUUUGCCACGAACUUCCGCUAUGCAGGGAGCACGCUUGGAAGAGGGACAACUACAAACGCAUGCUGGAAGUGCAGAAGCCGAAGAAGUUGGCAAGGAAGAAACCAAAAUUGUGUGGGAUGACGCGACCGCUAAAGCGGAAUAAGAAGAAAAAGCGAUCGCCCAGUAUGCUAAUGAGUGCGGGAAAUGGGAAGAAUCAUGUGGAUCUGUCAGCCAUGGUGGGUGGAUUCAAUCAGGGAGGUCAGCAGCAAGGGCAGGCGGCUGUUGUUCAAUUACCACCGAUUUUGCAUCAACAGCAACAGCAGCCGCAACAGCAGCCGCAGCAGCAGCAGCAGCAGCAGCAACCGCCACAGCCCAAGCAGCAAUUCAUCAUUGCGAAUCCCAAUGCGCAAAUGACACAAAUUGCAACGGCUCAGAUUACAACUCAGGAAUUGCUGAAUAUUUGUGAGAAUAGUUCAGCGUAUGAGAGUUCCGAGGACACGGGAGUUGGUGGAUUGUCAGAGUCUGAACUUAUUGGGGCCAAUGAUGUUAUAGAGGAAAUUGCACUGGGCGACACGAGAUUGCUGGAGGAGAGCGAAUUGAACAAUGUGCUCAAUCAAUUUCCGGAAGACGCCUUCAAUGAAUUAUUUUCAGUUCAACAUCCCGAUCAGGAGGUCUUCGAUCGUGUGCUCGAGGCCGUGGAUGAGCAAGUGAAGACUCUGGAAAUGACUGGGGAUUCCAAUUUCCUCGGUGAUUUCCUCGAUGUGGAUGAUCAGAUGCUGGAGGAGUCAGAGAUGUGUGGCUCUGAUGGGCUUCAGACGUCCGGGGGAUCAGAAAUUCGUGGUUUGGUUCAUACAUGAAUGCACACAAAUGUACUCUGACCCUUAGCCACAUUUCCCUCUACCUUGCUGUUUCUUUUCGUGAUGUUGUAAUGUCCUAAUCUUUUUCAAUGUGUAACAUUUCACUUGGAAUAAAAAGUGGAAUGGAAAAGUGGAUUUUUGAGAAGGAUCCUCCGAGGAGGAAUUCUCUCAAAAUCAACAAAUAUCUAAUGUGAAUUUCUUCUCAAAAUAGUGAAAGAAAAAACAACAAAUUUAUGGACAAAAAAUUGAACUGAAUGGAAUAAUUUUCUUCAAUUUGACGAAAAAAAUGGGAUAGAAAUUCAGCGUUAAAAAGAAAUAAAUUAUUUAUUAUACUGUA